CAUGGCUGCUUCGGGCCCUGCGGCGGUGGCCCGAGGUUCCGCCAACACCGCCGGUAUCAUCGUCAUCGGCGAUGAGAUUCUCAAGGGCUACACGCAGGAUACAAACUCCUUCUUCAUGUGCCGGCGACUACGUGCCCUUGGUGUGAGUGUCGCCCGGAUCUCGGUGGUGCCCGAUGACGUGGAGGCCAUCGCCAGUGAGGUGGCCGCCUUUGCUGCCCGCUUCACCUACGUGCUGACUUCCGGGGGCAUCGGCCCCACGCACGACGAUGUGACCUUCGAGGCUGUGGCUAAGGCCUUUGGGGAGAAGGUCGUCCUCCACCCCGAGCUGAUGGCCUUGGUGCACAAGUUCUUUGGCAAGACGGAGGUGCAAUGCCCAGAGAUGAAGCUAGCUCGUGUCCCCGAGUCCUCCCGCCUCAACUAUGGCACUGGCAACACGUUCAAGUACCCAUUAGUCAGUGUGCGCAAUGUCUACAUCUUCCCUGGCAUCCCGGCACUGAUGGAGCGUGCCCUGGAUGGCCUUGCUCACCUCUUUCGCAGCAAACAGACCCAUUUCCACUCCCGCACCAUCUAUGUGGCAUCCGAUGAGAUGCUCAUUGCGCCCAUGCUGGACAGGGCUGAUGCCACCUUCCGAGGCCGUGUCAGCUUCGGUUCCUACCCAGACUGGACCAGCAACUACUACCGUGUGAAGCUGACCCUGGACUCAGAGUCGGAGCAGGACCUGGAGGAAGCGUAUUGCUUCUUGAUGAGGGAGCUGCCGCCGGGUGUUGCUGUGCCGUCGGUGACAGACUGUGUUUCUACAGCAGCUGUGAAGGUUUAUGGCCUGGCUGAGUCAGGCUCGGCCCUGGGGCAGAAGGUGGCAGCAGCCCUGCGAACCAUCGAGGAGGCUUUGGACCAGUACAGCCUGGUCCAGCUCUGCGUGGGCUUCAACGGGGGCAAGGACUGCACAGCCCUGCUGCACCUCGUCCAUGCUGCUGUGCAGAGGCGGUUCCCAGCCAGGCAGGAGAGGCUGCAGGUGCUCUACAUUCGCAUUGUGUCGCCGUUCCCUGAAAUGGAGCAGUUCAUUCAGGCAACAGUCCAGAGGUAUGGGGUCCAGCUCUGCACUGUGGAGGGCUCCAUCCGGGAGGCGCUGGCCCAUCUGAAGGAGCAGCAGCCACAGCUGGAGGCUGUCCUGAUGGGAACACGGCGGACGGACCCUUACUCAUGCACCCUGACCCCCAUGUGUGUGACAGACCCCGGCUGGCCCCCUUACAUGCGGGUGAACCCCUUGCUGGACUGGACCUACCGGGACAUCUGGGAGUUCCUGCGCAAGCUCUUUGUCCCCUACUGUAUCCUCUAUGACAAAGGCUACACAUCCCUGGGGAGCAUGACCAACACACAGAAGAACCCAGCACUACGCUAUACUGAUGCUCAGGGCCGGGAGGGCUACCGGCCUGCCUACGAGCUGGAAAAUGAGGAAGAGGAGCGCACCUCCCGCCAGUGAAGGACCACGCUCUGGGAGGCUCCACUGGAAUGCUGCUGAGAGUGACAUUGAAUAAAGUUGCUGCCUGUCAGCAGUAAAUAAACCUGCUGCAGUCUGCACUGCA